CCAGAGAUUAGAUCAGAGCUUACAGUCUGUUUUGAAUAUUAAAUGCAAAAUCUUUUUCAUUAUUCUAAACUUACCAAUCACUUGCUCUUUUCCGUCUCCCUAAAUUCAUCCCUUAAGUACUUUCUAAAAAAACCCGCCCCUCUCAUUCAUCUCUGUCUCAAAUUUCUUUCGUUUUAGUUUCUGGGUUUUGUCAAAACCCACGAAACAGGGUUCUUAUACUGUAAAAAAGGAAGAUAAACUUGUAAAAAAAAUGACAGUAGAGCGAAUUGUUAGUGAAACGAUGGAUCAGUUUCCCAUUGGCAUGCGAGUUUUGGCCGUUGACGAUGACCCAACUUGCCUUUUACUGCUAGAGACUCUGCUUCGUCGAUGCCAGUACCAUGUUACCACAACCAGUGAGGCUGUUACGGCAUUGAAGAUGUUGAGGGAAAAUAAGAAGAGGUUUGACUUGGUUAUCAGCGAUGUUCAUAUGCCCGACAUGGAUGGUUUCAAGUUACUCGAGCUUGUGGGGCUUGAGAUGGACCUGCCUGUCAUAAUGUUGUCUGCAAACGGUGAUACCAAGCUUGUGAUGAAAGGGAUUACUCAUGGAGCUUGUGAUUAUUUGCUGAAACCUGUUCGAAUCGAGGAGCUAAAAAAUAUAUGGCAACAUGUAGUCCGGAGAAAGAAUUUCGAUAGGAAAGACCGGAAUAAUUCUGACAGCCAAGACAAGCCUCAUGCCGAUAGUGGUGAGGCUGCAGAGAUGGGAAAUGCUGAUAACAAUGUGAAGUUAAACAAAAAGCGGAAGGACCAGAAUGAAGACGAGGAUGACGACCAUGAUGAGAGUGGGCAUGAUAAUGACGAUCCCUCAACCCAAAAGAAACAUCGCGUUGUUUGGUCAGUGGAGUUGCAUCGCAAAUUCGUUGCAGCGGUUAAUCAGUUGGGCAUUGAAAAGGCUGUACCUAAAAAGAUCCUUGAACUAAUGAACGUUGAAAAGCUUACCAGAGAAAAUGUUGCCAGCCAUUUGCAGAAAUUUAGGCUUUACCUGAAAAGAAUCAGCUGUAUGGCAAACCAGCAAGCAAAUGUGGCGGCAGCUUCAGGCACCGCAGAUUCUUCCUAUUUGCGGAUGGGGCCUCUGAAUGGACUUGGGAAUUUCCAUGCCUUGGCUGGAACCGAUCACCUUCACAAUGCAAGCUUUAGAUCUUUCCCACCUAGUGGGGUGCUUGGAAGAUUGAACACACCUGCUGGGCUAGGAAUACGUGGCCUACCUUCUCCGGGAACUAUUCAAUUAUGUCAUGUCCAAGACUCGGGUCAUUCCAUUAAUGAUCCAAGCAAGUUGCAAUCUUUUGUUCCUGGAAACCAUAAUGCUAACAUCCUACAGGGUAUGCCAAUGUCGCUAGAGCUUGAUCGACUACAAAAUAACAAGGGUGUUAGCCACCUUAGAGAGCUGCCGACUGCCAAUAGUACGAGUGUUUUCCCUGUUUCUGGCAGUUUAAUGGAUGCACAGAUAACUGGAUUCUCCAAUAAUCCGCUUCUUGGUGUUACAAGCAACUCCUUGAUGUUAGAAGGAAGCUCUCAGCAAUCUGCUUUGCAUGCUAGUAAUUUGAGAGAUGGUGUUUCUGCAAUAGGCUUCCAAAAUGGGAAUACUUCAUCUGAAUUUGCUUCAAUAGAUCAUGUUUCCAAUCAAUUGCGGGAUUCAAAAGCAGAUUUACAGGGACAAGCAGCCUCGAUCAACUGUAAUGCAGGGCAAAUAAUGAGAAGUGUUCCUCAAGAAUGGAAUGCUUCAAUCCCUUCUAACGGUGCUAUGGUUCAGUUGGACCAGUGCUUGGACCAAAAUAAUUCAAUUUUCCACAGAACUAUGGAUUCGGAUUCUAUUGGACCAUUGAAUCUUGUUGAUCUCUUAUCGAUCAAGCAUGUUGAAGCUCACAACUCAGCCAUGGAGCCAUCAGUUAUUGAAAAGGAAAGGUAUCUCAUGUACCAAUCAAGGCCACAGGGAAAUCACAUUCUUGAUAGCGUUGGCUCGUUGGAAGAUCUGGCAAGUGCAAUGAUGAAACAGGACCAAGAUAAAGGGAACCGACGGACACAGUAGUUAUUCUCACAGGACUUGCAUCCGAAGAUUAGAAUGUAGCCCUUACUAACAGCAAAAGAAGGGAACUGCUUUACAAGUAUUGGCUCCUCUUGGUAGUUUUGCCCUCAAUGUAAACUGAUAAUGGAUCUAUCUGUUAAUCUUAUUUCUGCCAUUAUCAAACCUUUUUUUUUCUGUUGUUAAUUCCAGGCAACU